AUGAAGGCGGUGAAACAGGUCGGGCAGUUGGUUGCAAGCCAAGGGGACGAUGCAGCAACGAUGGACAACGACGGGGAGAUCCCAAUCCAACUGAAUCUACCGGGAGUGACGCUGAACUUUACCAGCGAAUGGAUCAUGGACACACGCGAGUUGCAGGAAGCAAAAGCCCACCAUGCCGAUUUGCUCGAACGGAUUCAAACGCUGGAGCAAGAAAACACGUAUUUGCGUGAAAAGUGCGUCCGGAUCAACGAUGAAUCGAACUUGGACAAGUUCAAAAGCCAACUGCUGGUGGAAAUGCUCGCGAUCAGUUCCCUUGACGAAGAGAAAAGCAAAGCAGAGUACAUCAAGGAAAAACUUAAAGUCGAGAGCCUAAAGCACGACAUGAAGGCGCUGCUGGAGAAAGCAGCCCACCACAACAUCGACAUCAAGCAAUUUGCCACCCAUCUCAAGUCUAUGUAACACCUGCCUCUCGUCAACGGCUACAUUAGCGUCAAUGUUAUAUUGUGCUGGUCAUUCUUAAUCCAUCCAUUGUCUUCAUCUCAUGUAAA